UGUAAGGUACUACAAGAGAUGCAAUGACAAGAUAGUUUACACUGACAAGUUUCUAUACAGGGAAAUGUUUUGACCAAUCAUUAGGAACCGUGGGAUGCUUCGUUUCGGUAUAUAAAAUGCAAGAAUAUGAAACUUCAAGUGCCUAAGAAAUACAACAAACACUUCAAAGGUUACCGCCAUCAUGAAGUUGUAUUUUUUGACGUUGGCGAUUUUUGUAAGUUCCAUUUCGACAGCCAAGUCUUUCCGUACUGGUAAUGACACCGAUCCUUAUUUACGGCCGACAUUACGUGCCCUGCGAGCGGCACUUCAGUUUUUAAGAAGGGAACAUCGAUAUAUAAAUUUGGAUGCGGUUAUAGGAACUCGAAUUGUCGAAGGACAGAUGAAAGUAUUACUUGAUCGAUUAAGAAAGAAAUCGCCAAAACUUCAGUUACCUGUUGAUGUCUUAAAUGGCAUGGAAGAAAUCCGACUGCUGUCCAGAUAUGUCAGUGAAGCUGCAAUACCUUUUAUUGCUCUUAGAGAUACAAAAUACUUUGCAAGAAUAGGUGACAUAUUAUCAAGAGGAUUUUGGGAGUUGAAAUAUGAAAGUAGAGAUGUUGAUAGUGAUAGUGAAACGUGGCCAUACACAACGGAUGAAGCUAUAACAGAGAAAAUGUCAGAUGACUGCUUAACAGAAUAUUUUGGAACAGGGGGUAAUCGAGACACAUGUUCUAUAUCUGAUAAAUGCUGGCAAAGGAUGACUAAACGAGGAUAUGCUGGUUACUCCUUGUCACAUGAAGUCUUCUAUCUACAAAUUGGACAACAGUUUGGUUGUGUGAGUGAAAUGGAAGCAAAGGUAGUCGCGUAUAAUCAACAAAGCAUUGACAGCCUACAGUCAACCUUCUGUAAGGUUAUUCUAGCCGAAAGCAAUAAAUAUGCUAAUGAAAACUUCCCUCAUAUAAAACAAGACUUAUUCAUGGAAGAAGCUGCUCUGUGUGGAAUGCUUGGAUUUCGUCAAUUUUUCAACACCCAGUGGCUUCUCAAAAUUUUGAGCUGGCAGGAUCGCAUAAGCGGAUGUUACAAAGCCUCCGAUGACGAAAUACUAAUCAUGAAAGCUAAAGAUAUGAUGGUAUUAAAUGGACAACGUGUUAAAAGGGAAGAACGAGAGCUUCCUGACAAAUGUUUGUGUCACAGAACCACGGUUGCUGCUGCUGCUCUAGGACAAUAUGUCCGCUAUAUCAUAGAGGCAUGGGAAGAAGACCAAAAGCGUGUUCAUUAAUUAGUUGAAAAUCCACCAAAUUGUAUUAUGGUAUAAACAUAUCAAUGAAAAAAAUAACUAAAACUGUCCGAUUUAAAAGGAGCUCAUAUGUUUAAGAUUAUGAAAAAAAGAUUCGAUAGGCCUAUCUACUAUAACAAUCCUAUUCCAACUACUGAAAGAGUUUGAACAAUCUCAAAAGAUUCUUCUUGACCCGGUAUCGCGGUUGACUUGGUAUGUCUAUGUGCCGGGUGUGAUUUGGUUCAGUAUCCAUUAGUCCCUUUACGAACGGUCUCUGAGACCGUUCCUAAAGGAACUAAAUGUACAUGGGACCACGGCCGGAUUAACUAUUAAGCCUGGCGCACACUACGCUACAUCUUUGGCGACAAAUACGAGAUGAGAGAACCAAUAAGGCCAGGAUAGCGAUUGACUGUCACCCUGUUUUCUCGCUACGGGUAUACGGGAAAAAAUAACGCCAAUUCUAAUUAGGAGAUAAACACUUCCUGUUUCGCAUUUAUAGGGGUGUUGUUGUCCAAUAGACAUGUCCUGAGAUCAUUAGGACCCAAGACGCGUUAGCAGCAUACAAUUGCAAAAAUGACAUUAAUAGAAUACAACAAAUAUACAUGUAACAAAUAAAGGGAUUGUCUCUAAGAAACACCCUUAUAAUGUCUAUUAAUUGUAUUUCUGAUUUUAAUACAUGUAUUUCUGUUUUACUUAUUUUUAUCGGUUAUACUUAGGUUUGUUGAAUUAUGUAUUGCAUAUUAUAUAUGUCUGUCAUUUUACCUGCAAGAACGUCAUGGAUUGGGUCAGUUUAUUGGUAUACUAGUGUCAAACCCCGACAACAGGCCUUAUUGUUUAGAAUCCAGUGACUACAAUACCACAGCCUUCAAUUUCAUUUGGGCGUUAACGUCGAGUUGAACAAGCUCCCCUUGCAUGAAUAAUUUAUUGAAUCCUUUUAGUUUUACAAGAAAUCCAUCAAUAGAAUAAACACUGGCGUUUUAUACUAAAGUUAAAGGUGUUAACUAUUAUGUCUUAAUGUUCUUUUUAUUGUAUUGUCAAGUUGCUACACGGCCAAUAUUGUUGACAUAAUCUCAGAUUUUAUUUUAAAAUAAAGCAAAUCAAAUUGUU